UCCGUUAUUUAGGCAACGAAAUGCUUCGGUUCCGAUCACAGAUAGUGGAACGACCUCAAAGUCAUCCCCUGUUGGUGUGGAGGCCCGGGUCCCCACUCUGCAACCAGUCGUGGCUCCUCCUCAAGCGCCUUCAACUCCAGUUCAACGAGGGGAUCGGCCUUCUGAGCGCAGAGGGCCCGGCAGGCCGCGCAAAUAUGAAACUUCUGAAGAAAGACGCAUGGCAAGGACUUUCCAGACCCGCGCUCGCCGAGAACGGGCCAAACUACUGGCUAUACAACAAAAACAACAGAUAGAGGGUCAUCUCAAUGAUAGGGAAAACGUCGUUAAAGAUGAGGAUAUUGAUGACACUGGCCCAGGUUCCGCACCCACUGCUACCGCUUUCACACAACAAAAUGUGGGGAAGACUCUGUUUCCGUCCCCCCCGCCACGAGAGAUUACCGCGUCGCCACUGUCAUUAGCAUCACCCCGACCGGGACGGGUCAAUUUACCCCUUAUCAGCCGCCAGUCCACAACGAGUUCCAAUGCCAGCACGAUGAUAGGUCCUUCCACGUCUUCUCGACGCAUGUCACUUCAAUCGAUCCUCCAUCCAUCGAACGAAGACCCAAUGUCGAAAUUACAUCACGCCACUCCCCCUCCGACACUGCCAGGCGUUGGUGCGGGUCUUACGUCGCCAUCGAAUGUCGUCCUUCCCCCCUUGGUUCGGUCUCCAUACUCUUCAUCGCCAGAGAUUCCUCGGUACCCAAGUGCUGGGGCAACAUCACCGCACUCAUCGUUUGGUAAUCCCCCCUCUGCGAUGAAUGGCCCAAGUCCCAACCUCAGGCUCGCCGCAGCUGGGUACCCUCUAACUUCCCCCUUUCUCACGCAUUUCAACGCAACUACUGCCUCGCCUUCUCGUGCCAUUACUAGUCUGGAUGAAGCACUUGCUGAAGUAGGUAGGUUGCGGGACAUGUACAAAGCCUCAUUCGAGUACAUCGAGGUUUUGGAAAGAGCCAAUGAGGAAUUGAGGAGACUUGGGAGUUUGAGUCCCACAAUCAGUACGACCAGUGCGGGGACGAGUUUGAGCAGUCGGACGACGACAACGAACCCCUCGAUGUCGCCAAUCUCGCCAAAGUCGUCCAUCAGGGGGUAUUGCAGGUGACGAGGUCGAUCAUGAUCGAUAAGUCUAACUUUAUCCUAACGAGCUGCUAACGACGCAAGGAAUUGCAUGACUGCGCUGUUAUUUCUGACACGGGUGUCGAUGAACGGCCAGUCUGGCAAGCCAGCACGCCACAGCCCAAUUCUUCG